UCUCUCUCUCUCUCUCUCUCUCUCUCUCAUCUUCAUCUUCAUCUCUGCAAAUCCCAAACCCAAAACAACAACGACGAAUCAUGAGCUGGUGGUGGGCUGGUGCGAUCGGCGCUGCAAAAAAGAAAUUCGAAGAAGACGAUGCACCCCCAAAGUACCAGAGCGUAGCCCUAAUCAUCGGCGUCACCGGCAUCGUCGGCAACAGCCUCGCCGAGAUCCUCCCUCUCUCCGACACCCCCGGCGGCCCCUGGAAAGUCUACGGCGUCGCUCGCCGCCCUCGUCCGCCUUGGAACUCCGACUACCCCAUCGAAUACAUCCAAUGCGACAUCUCCGACUCCGACGACACCCAAUCCAAGCUCUCAACCCUCGAUGACGUCACCCACCUUUUCUACGUCUCUUGGACCAAUCGGUCUUCCGAGUCCGAGAAUUGCCAAGCCAAUGGAUCCAUGUUUCGAAACGUUCUCAAUUCGGUGAUCCCAAACGCCCCAAAUCUCCAACACAUCUGUCUCCAAACGGGUGGGAAGCAUUACAUCGGACCGUUCGAUCUCGCCGGAGGAAAAUUCGAACCACACGAUCCUCCCUUUACUGAAGAUCUUCCGAGGUUGAGUUCUCCGAAUUUCUACUACACUCUCGAGGAUAUUCUCUUCGAAGAGGUUGAGAAGAAAGAGGGUUUGACGUGGUCUGUGCAUAGACCCGGUGUGAUUUUUGGGUUUUCGCCAUAUAGUUUGAUGAAUAUAAUUGGAACUUUGUGUGUUUACGCUGCGAUUUGCAAGCAUGAGGGUGUUCCAAUGAGGUUUCCGGGGACUCGGGCGGCGUGGGAAGGCUAUUCCGAUGCCUCCGACGCUGAUUUGGUCGCCGAGCAUCAGAUUUGGGCUGCAGUGGAUCCGUAUGCGAAGAACGAAGCGUUCAAUUGCAGUAAUGGUGAUGUGUUCAAGUGGAAGCAUUUCUGGAAGGUGUUGGCAGAGCAAUUUGGGGUUGAGUGUGGUGAAUUUGAAGAGGGGUUGAAUUUGAAGUUGGAGGAGAUGAUGAAAGAUAAAGGGCCAGUUUGGGAUGAGAUUGUGAGAGAAAAAGGAUUGGUGGAAACUAAAUUGGAAGAGGUGGGAUUGUGGUGGUUUGUUGAUCUCAUGCUCAGUGGUGAGGGUAUGCUGGCCAGUAUGAACAAGAGCAAAGAACAUGGGUUCUUGGGUUUCAGGAACUCGAAAUCGUCAUUCGUUUCGUGGAUUGAUAAGACGAAAGCUUACAAAAUUGUUCCUUAGAUUGAUGAUUAUUGUGAUUUGUGUCUUUCUUCUCUUGGUGAUUGUCAAUAUUGUUAUUUUGUUGAGUUGAAACAACAGAGAAUAAUCGUGAAUGCAAGAUAUUUGCUUCUGAAACAAACCCUGUAUUUUUGGUUCCCAUGGUUGUAGUCGUUCAUUUCACAUCAUAUAUUUUUGUUGGGUUUGUUGUA